AUCGCAAGUAACUGGCGAAGUGAAACUCACCUGAAAGUGCAUUCGGGCAGUUCCGACUGUGCAGCCUUGGGGGAAAAGGUCAGGCACAUGGGGACCCCGGUCAGGAAAGGCUUUUACAGGCAAGAGCUGAACAAGACCGUCUGGGAAGUGCCGCUCAGGUACACCGACCUGACCCCGAUAGGAUCAGGGGCGUAUGGAAGCGUGUGUUCAGCUAUUGACCAGAAGACAGGAGAGAAAGUUGCAGUAAAGAAACUGCACCGACCCUUCCAGUCUUUAACUCAUGCCAAGCGAGCAUACCGUGAACUCCGGCUGCUCAAACAUAACAAACAGGAAAAUGUCAUUUGUUUGCUCAAUGUCUUUUCACCAGAAGACUAUUUACAUACAUUCCAGAGCUUUUACCUGGUGAUGCCUUUUGUGGAGAGAGACCUCAGCCAUAUCCUGAAAAGACAGAAACUCUCUGAAAGUAUGGUGGUGUUUCUUCUUUAUCAGAUUCUCUGUGGAUUGAAGUAUAUCCAUUCCGCUGGGAUUGUGCACAGGGACCUCAAACCUAGCAAUCUAGCAGUGAACCAGAACUGUGAAUUGAAGAUCUUAGAUUUUGGACUAGCUCGUCCGACUGAGACAGAAAUGACGGGCUACGUUAUAACUCGUUGGUACCGACCUCCAGAGAUCAUUCUGAAUUGGAUGCACUACGGUUACUCAGUGGAUAUUUGGUCAGUGGGCUGCAUCUUGGCUGAAAUGGUCACAAGAUCUGUGAUCUUCCCCGGAUUUGACCAUUUUGAUCAACUGACAAAGAUCAUGAAUGUGACAGGAACGCCUCCACCAGCCCUGGUGGAUAAGAUGCAGAGUGAAGAGGCAAGAAACUAUGUUUGCUCUCUCACACCAAAGCAGAAGAAAGAUUUUCAGCAGGUUUUUCCCACGAUGAAUAAACAAGCGGUUGAUUUGCUGGAAAAGAUGCUGCACCUAGACCCUGAUGAGAGAAUUACUGCUUGUGAUGCUUUAGCGCAUCCAUAUCUUAUUGAGCAUCAUGAUCCAGAUAAUGAGCCAGUGGCAGAACCGUAUGAUGAUUCCUUUGAAAAUCUAGACCUAAAGAUUGAAGAAUGGAAAAGCCUUCUUCACAUGGAGAUCACAACCUUUGACCCAGACAAUCCAAGACAAAUGGCAACAUGAUGUCUCUCAAUCAUGCUUCAUGAUACUUUUAAAAUGAGACAAUGCUGAUUCAUUUUUUUACAUAAUUAAAAACUGAAGUUGAAAUCUU